AAUCAAAUAGAGUGCGAUUCUUUGAUAUAGGGAACCAUCUUCGUUUUCUUGUAUCAGAUACAUACUUGUUCAAAAGAAUUGACAUAUUGUUUAAGAAAAUGAUGAGUGUUGUGGGAGAGAUGUUUUGUAAUCCCUACACAACGGAGCUGGUGGUGAGAAGGCGGCGUGAGAGCCUGAAAAAGGAUCGUUUUGACGUUUUUGAUCUCUCCGACAAUCUCAUCUUCACCGUCGACGGUGGCACUUGGAACAUCCGCCGUAAACGUGUCCUCCGUGACGCCACCGGAAGUCCUAUUCUCUCCAUGCGCACCAAGGGUAUUGUAACAAUGAGAUACAAAUGGGAAGUGUUCAAAGGAGAAAGCACAGAGUCCGAUGAUCUUCUUUUCUCAGUAAGGGAACCAAAUCUAUUCUCCUUCAAAACAUCACUUGAUGUCUCUUUACCGCCACAACAACCCUCAACGGACUCUAGUAGUAUCGAGCCAGAUUUUCGAACAUCUGGUAGUUACAUCGGUUCUUCUUUCAAACUCUUUGAACCAGUUCAUAAUACUCUUCUCGCUGAGGUGGUUCAUGAUUUCUCAUGGGGAGGACUUAUAAUAGGGAAAUACAGCUUCAAAGUGAGAGUUAAUCCUUAUGUCGAUUUCGCAUUUGUCAUCGCGUUACUUGUAAUUGCAGAUGAUACGUCAAAUCUACGUUAGAGAAGGUUUAUGCUUAUCUUAGCUGGUUUCUUAUACGCAUUUUAUUCAAAAUAAGAUCAGAAAAUGGGCUGUAAAUUAUUUGUCGUACAACAGUUUCAGAUUGUAUAUUGUUGACUCUUCCUUUUUGGGUACUUGAGGUUUGUCUACAUUUCAAACAUAUUACCACUUGUAUAUAGUCUUUAUACCUUAAAAACAAACUGA